UGACUAUGUAUGGAUUAUGGUGUCAGCUCAAUGAGAUGCUAAGGCGAUAGUUGUAAGUAUGGAGGACUGGUUGAGUAACGACAAAGUUCAAUUGAUGCUACUCAAACUACAAUGACAACAACAAUCUAAAAGAAAGAGACACCCCCUCUGGUUCUUGAGCCUUCAUAUAUACCGUCAACCUCGGAUGAGUAAGUUAGAACUAUUGGAAACCAGUACAAUUCGACAAAGACACGAUCCAAUAUGGAAGAAGGACGACAUAACGUGGAAGACAAGACGAUGCGUUGCGUAAAAUGGAUGAUACCUUGAGGAAACCAAACAGUUCUUAUGAAUAGCCUUCGAAAGUACCAAUUAAACGUGCUGUAGACUCGAGAAGUAAUACAUGGUACAGAUGGCGUGGGAGGUUUUCCACAGGUCAGUGAAAAGUCUUGAUAGUGUAAGCACUUUGCCCACUCAAAAUGAACACAGCGUGGUUGGAACCCUUACGACAACGUGUAAAUCAAUGAUAUUGACUGGUGGUGUGUGCAGUGCCGUCAAUCAGUGGGAUUGGAUCUUGGCUGCACUCUCUACUAACUGAGGAGAUGAAAGAAGUGCAAUUGAAAAGUGGAAACGUAUGGAUGACAAGUAGACAUGCUCAUGAGUGCAGAAUAUAAUGCCUUAGAUGUACAUAGCUGAAACCCUAUAGAUCAAAGUAACCGAUUAAAACUAUCAGCACAUCAGUUUCAAUAAUCGACACCAUGCCCACUUGGAAGACGACAAAAUUGGGUUUAAACUCAUGAUAAAGCAUUCAAAGAAGUCACAUCCGUUAAUUGAAGAGCCAACCAAUAUCAAAGACUCACUGUAAAUGCCACCACUCAAUUGAGUUGUGC